AAUAGCGUUCUUACUAAAUAGCGUUCGUCGAUGGACUUCAAAGUGUUCAACAGUAUCCAACAUGGUGCAUCUGGCUUUCUUCCAUCUUUGUGAAAGCGCACAGUUUCUUCAAAAUAUGCCACAUGAUUAACUACACGCUGCAUUCUCCAGUUCACUCGGGCUCCAUCAAAACUACCCAGAGAAUCAAAUAGUUUACGUUAUCCCCUUGACAUAUCAUGAUAAGUUGUUAAAUAAGAGGAACAAAGUUAAUUGGAGUGUGCUAAAACUAGCAAGAAACUGGUAGUUUGCUACAACUAGCAAGAAAAUGAAGAUUAGUGCCAGUAGCAAGUGAUAGGAAAAUUAUUAGUGCAAGUAGCAAGAAAUUUUAGACGUUCACUAAUGACGAGUGUCUUGUGUGAUAGUCUUCAUCGGUUACACCGUCUGUCAGUGGUACACCUCAAGGGUCAUAUCCAGGCUCCUCAAAUGACAUCACAAAUGGAUUUCUCAGUGGCCCUCAAAUAUAGUAUGUCAGAAACAAUAAAUUAUGUACUAGUGAGUGAUGUAUGUAAAAUUCAUACAUAAAUUUUAUAAUUUAUUGCGACAGAUUUCCACAUAUUGCAAAUACACACGGCAAAGUCACGCCUUUUCCGUGUGUAUUUCAAUCAUUAUGGCUAUAUAUCGGCAACUUUCAUUUUUUUCCGAUAUCAAGUAAUUCAUAACUUAUUUUCUUUACCGAGCAGGGUUUGGAAACGGUUCACCAAAAAGGCUCCGGGUGAGUGGAAAAGCGAGCUUCAACUUAAACAAAUACCGGUAUCUCGGCUGGGAAGAGGCUAUCGGAGGCCGGGAUCACUGAUUUUGUUAUCCUUGAGGCGACCGACCGCAUGGGUGGGCGCAUCCACAAGACCGAGUUCGCUGGGGUGAACGUCGAGAUGGGGGCUAACUGGGUGGAGGGUGUGAACGGCGACGAGAUGAACCCCAUCUGGAACAUGGCCAACGGCACCGGAGGGCUUAACCUCAGGACAUUCCGCUCCGACUUCAACCACCUCUCUAGCAACACCUACAAGCAAGAUGGUGGCCUUUACGACAAGAAAUUUGUUGAGAAGAUAAUCAAGAGAAUGGAUGAGGUGGAAGAGAGCGGUAGCGAGCUCGCUGGCACGUUGCACCACAGCGGCCAACAAGACAUAUCCGUCAUGUCCAUGCAACGCCUCACGAGCCAGAUGCCUGGCGGUCCAUCCACGCCGGUGGACAUGGUGGUCGACUACUACCAGCACGACUUCCAGUUCGCGGAGCCGCCGCGCGUGACGAGCCUGCAGAACACGCAGCCACUGCCGACGUUCAACAACUUCGGCGACGACGUCUACUUCGUGGCCGAUCAGCGGGGCUACGAGUCCGUCGUGCACCACGUCGCCGAGCAGUACCUCCAGACUGAUCCUGAGACCGGUGCCAUCGUCGACCCCAGGCUCAAAUUGAACACGGUGGUGCGUGAGAUCGCCUACUCCCCCAUCGGCGUCGUGGUUAGGACGGAAGGCGACAAGGUGUACCGGGCAGACUAUGUGAUCGUCUCCGCUAGCCUCGGUGUCCUGCAGACGGACCUCAUACGGUUCGAGCCGCAGCUGCCUUCAUGGAAGAGCAUGUCAAUCUACAAGUUUAACAUGGCGGUGUACACCAAGAUCUUCCUCAAGUUCCCCAAGAGGUUCUGGCCGGAGGGUCCCGGCACAGAGUUCUUCCUCUACGCCAGCGGCAGGAGAGGGUACUACCCGGUGUGGCAGCAGCUGGAGAAGCAGUAUCCAGGGUCCAACGUGUUGCUGGUAACCGUCACCGAUGACGAGUCGAGGAGGAUCGAGCAGCAGUCUGAUGAGCAGACGAUGGAAGAGGCAUUGGAGGUGCUGAGGAAGAUGUUCCCAGAGAAGGACGUGCCGGAAGCCACGGAGAUACUUGUGCCCAGGUGGUGGUCCAACAGGUUCUUCAAGGGCACCUUUUCUAACUGGCCCAUUGGGGUCAGCCGCUACGAAUUUGACCUCAUCCGGGCUCCUGUUGGGAGGGUUUACUUCACUGGUGAGCACACGAGUGAAAAGUACAAUGGCUAUGUCCAUGGAGCAUAUCUUGCAGGUAUUGACUCUUCCGACAUCUUGAUUAAUUGUGCCAAGAAAAACAUGUGCACCUACAAUGUCAAGGGAAAGCAUGACUAAUCCAAAGAUUUGCCAUCUAGUGAGCGAUUACAACGCCAAAAGUUAUGGUUUCCUAAACACUCAAGGAGCAUGCUUUCUGAUGUUCACCACUGCUGAUUAUUGUUCCAAGUGAUUUUUGGGCAUUACAUAUUUGGUUCUUUUGUAGAAGACAAUUGUUGUUAGGCUCAGCUUGAAGUUCUUUCCAUUUGUCCCUACGGGUUCUUUUCAUGACAGAUUAGCUAAUAUCAUAGAUUAGUUUGACCAUCGUACUAGUGAAAACAUGUUAUCCUUUAACAAAAUGCCAUGUAUGCAAAGCACAUGUUUGUUUGGUGAUCCCACUAGGGAAACAUGUUAUACUUCCUGGAACAACAAUCUUAUUUUGUGUGCCAUAA